ACGCCGGGUAGUGGGUGCAAGCAUGCUCCGCUGGGCCCGGGCGUGGAAGCUUCCCCAUGGAGGACUCGGUCCACCUGGUUCAAGCUUCUCAAGGGUGCACUUCAUGCCCAGCAGCGGCGGCGGCCGAGUGGGCGCCCAGCCGAGGCCACUGCCCCUUUCCUACAAGCUUUUGGACGGAGAGGAAGCCCUGCCUGCCGUCAUCUUUCUGCAUGGGCUCUUAGGUAGCAAAACUAACUUCAAUUCUAUCGCUAAGGCCUUGGCCCAGAAGACAGGCCGAAGGGUGCUAACAGUGGAUGCUCGGAACCAUGGUGACAGCCCUCACAGCCAGGACAUGAGCUACGAGGCCAUGAGCCAGGACCUACAGGGCCUCCUGCCCCAGCUGGGCCUAGUACCCUGUGUCCUUAUUGGCCACAGCAUGGGAGGAAAGACAGCCAUGCUGCUGGCACUGCAGAGGCCAGAGCUGGUGGAACGUCUGAUUGCCGUAGACAUCAGCCCAGUGGAAACCACGUCCAGCUCAAACUUUGAAACGUAUAUGGCAGCCAUGAGGGCCAUAGACAUCCCAGAUGAGGUACCACGCUCCCGCGCCCGGAAACUGGCCGAUGAGCAGCUCAGCUCUGUUGUGCAGGACAUGACUGUGCGGCAGUUUUUGCUCACCAACCUGGUGGAGGUAGAUGGGCGCUUCAGGUGGCGAGUGAACUUGGAUGCCUUGGCCCAGCACCUGGACAAGAUCUUGGCUUUCCCACUACAACAGGAAUCCUACCCUGGGCCAACCCUCUUCCUCCUUGGUGGAAACUCCCAAUUUGUGCAGACUUCAUAGCUGCCAUCCAAAGCUUCCUGGUCUAAGAAUUGCUGGCAAGAGAAGGCACAAAAGAAACUCCAGGCUUCACGUCCUGCAGCCUGUUCCACAUUUUGACACAGAAGGACUCAGGAAGGUACUGAGAGGACACAAAGGUGCAGGGGUGGUCAGACCUCAAGCUUUAAUGAAUAAAGACACUGCUUUCCAA